AGCACAAACUACAGAUUGUGGUUUGAGAGGUAAAAUGCGACCAUACUUAAUUUUACCUCUCAUCUUGCUGUUGUGGGGGCACUUUUAUGGAACCGAAGCCCGUCGAGCCAAGCGGAGUAUUCGGGAGUUCGGAACCAUGAUUAAGAUGUUGACUGGAAGGAGCGGAAUGGAUUUCAACGGAUACGGAAACUACUGCGGCAUGGGCGGAGGUGGUAUUCCUCUAGACCCUAUAGACGAAUGCUGCAUGCAUCACGACCGUUGUUACGGCCAAGUAAACAUCCGUGAUUGCUUUUUGGAGCCGUCCUUUAUGCGCAUGAAGCCGUAUACAGCCCGCUACAAGUGGUUCAUGGAGAACGGCAACUUCCAAUGUUUGGACUUGGACUUGUGUAAAAGACGGUCGUGUAUGUGCGAUUCAAUGGCUGCCCGAUGUUUUGCCCAGAAUGUCGCUUUCUAUGACGGCCGCCGGAGGUCAACAUUGGGACGAAUGCUCAGCUCACUACUCGGAUGAUUGAGGAAAAAUCGGAAAUACGCCACACAUAAACAAAAAAGGAAACAGAUACUUUAGAAACCGGUUACCGUGAUAAACAACCAACAGUUCAUCCCAUGCUUACAGAUGAACGGAAGUGGACAAUCUUAUAACGCAUGCUCAAUGUUGAUACUGCUUUGCUGGUAUUGUACAGAGGUUUUCUUUCCUGUAGUUCCAUUAUGCAUUUUGUUAAAAUAUAAUUUAGUGUUUACCUGCCAUCGCUAACACAGUGAUUCUAUACACGAAAAAUCACUUUUAUCUCUAUACGAAUAAUUUGAAAGUUUAAAUUAUCGUGCGUAUAUCUCAAUGCAAUUUUCGUUCCUGUACACAUCUAUAACAAUUGCAUUAGCUGUAGUAGGCUAUUAUUUUAUUUUGAGAAUUUCAAUUGCUUUUUUGCUAAAUUCUGUCAGCCAGUCAGGACCACAAAGCAAAAUAGAGCUUUGUGCAGUAGAAUUUCAACACGAUUGCUGUCUGGUCUGUUGAAUAUAUUACUGUUGAAUGUUGUUGGGAAAAUAAAUUUUAAAUGCAUGUUUUUGCUCAAU